GCCCUGCCCUGCCGCUCCAGCCUUCCAGUUGCUUGGGGGGACCAGGGGGGACCUCCUUUCUAUUUGCAUCUCCACCUACCACUUUUACCCAGGAAAUCCAGCCUGGGAGGAGGGCGUCACUGCUUAAGUAAGGCCCAGCAGGGAGCGGAACCAGGCAGAGACAGGCGGGCAGGGCAGCCGCGGACUCCAGCUGGGCAAGGAAUGGCCACCUGCCCAAGGAGCUGACACUCGCUUUCUGGUUGGCUAGCUGGGCGAUGGGCUCCUCCGCCCCUACUAAGGCUUUGGGGGUUGCUUGAGGGAUGCCUGUUAUAGCUGCAGUCCUCCGCAUACUCACUAGUACAUGGAACUCAGUGGGUCUGACUUCCGAGUAAACCUGCGCAGGGUAGGCCAGUAGGAUUCCUGAAUCGGCAUCUCAAAAGGAAUGCUCAUUUUAUGGUAACUUCUUGCAAAGCCUUCUUCCAAUUAUUAGAAAAGUAUUCUAAUAAAGACAGUGUACCUUAGAAGUAACAUAUUAAUCUCAAACUUCAUUGGAAACUCUUUCUAUCCAAUUGUAACUGAAGUUGUCUCUCACCUGGUUUAGCAUUUCAUGGCCUUGUUCCUACCUGCUGACACUUUUAUGCAGUUAGGACGUUUAUGUUUGUUUUUUAUUUCUGUGGCUGAUUGCUGUGGGUGUUUUUUAUUGUUUAUUUCACUAUGUUGGUCUUAUUGAUGGUUGUUUAUUGAUGCUGGAGCGUGAAUUGUUGCCUAUGAGGUUCCUAGAGAGGAAGGCAGUAAUGCACUGAAGGAAUGAAGAGCUGACCUGUAUCACGGCCGCCCCGCAGGCGCAGUUUCCAUGUCAACUCUCUUCGUGGGUCCCUGCCCUUUUAGGAAUCAGCACAGAACAGAGUGGCCGUUCUUUUCCUGCUCUUGGGGUUCUUAAGCCAGCCCUGCUCAGGCUCAGCUGAAAUCAUUCCUCAUUCUUCCUGACGGAUUUGUGGACUCACCAGCCUGUGCUGUGGGCCUGGGAGGGCUGCGGCCUCGCUCCUGCCCUGCCACUGGCCACCUCCUUCAGAACACCAGACACGGGGCACGCCUUUCAUCGGCAAACAGCCCCCAACAGCAAACAGGAGCCACGUAAGCCACCAGGCUGUGUGCGAAGCAGGUGGGGCUCCGAAGGCUGCUCAGGUAGGGGAGAAGGCGACUCUUCUCAGAACGCUUUCCCUUCCCUUCAGCAGAGAGGGACCCAGUGUGCGCCUGGCCUCAGGUUGCAGCGAAAGAGGGCAGCAGCGUGGCCGGCCGAAGCAGGGCUGCCCACUUUCUCACUAUGUCUGACGGGGACUACGACUACCUGGUCAAGUUCUUAGCCCUUGGAGAUUCUGGCGUCGGAAAGACCAGCAUUCUCUAUCAGUACACCGACGGCAAAUUCAACUCCAAAUUCAUAACAACGGUGGGCAUUGACUUCCGAGAAAAGAGGGUGAUGUACCGACCCACCGGGCCAGAUGGCCUCAGUGGCAGAGGACAGAGGAUUCAUCUUCAGCUGUGGGACACUGCAGGGCAAGAAAGGUUCCGGAGCCUGACGACAGCCUUCUUCCGCGAUGCGAUGGGCUUCCUUCUCCUCUUUGAUAUGACCAAUGAGCAGAGCUUUCUCAACGUCCGAAAUUGGAUGAGCCAGCUGCAAAUGCAUGCCUACUGUGAAAACCCUGACGUGGUCCUGUGUGGGAACAAAAAUGACUUGGAAGAGCAGAGGGUGGUGAAAGAGGAGGAUGCCAAGGAAUUGGCCGAGAAAUACGGGAUACCUUACUUUGAAACGAGUGCAGCCAAUGGAACCAACGUGAGCAAGGCUAUCGAGACACUGCUGGACCUCAUCAUGAAGCGCAUGGAACGGUGUGUGGACAAAUCCUGGAUCCCCGAAGGGGUGGUGCAGUCCAAUGGUCACAGCUCAACUGAGCGGCUCAAUGAGGAGAAAGAAAAAAGCAAAUGCGGGUGUUGAGGGCACAGGCAAAAUGCAGCAUUUAAAUGAACACAACAGUGAUAUUCAGGAUGACGCUUAAUGGGAUUUGUUCAUGGGCUGCUAUUGCCUUGAAUAAACGCAGAAGAGCUUGGAGGUUUCCUUCUCAGGAGCGUGCCAGGUGCUUUGCAAAAUAGCCAGAGACCCCUUGUGUUCUUGUGCGCUGAGUCCAUUGUCCAGUAAUGGAACUCAGAUUCUCUCAUGACAGCAAUAAAACCAAUUAUUGGUAGAUAUGCAAGUCACUGUCAAUUGUUAGAAAGAUUCAGUGUUCUCCCCGCCCCCCCCCUGCCAAUUAUAAGCAGAUUUUUAAGCACUCAGAACUCCCAGGGCGACCUCCAGUGGGCUUCUAGCAAAUUCCCAUCUUGUACGGAGUUCUCUGCCUGCCUAAAUGUAGAUGGACAAAGUAUGAACCCAGAAUGGAGCGCAGAAGUGUCACACACAGUCUUGCUUAUGUU